UCCGGGGGGCUCCGGGGAGCUUCAGUAAAAAUCUGGGCGCGAAAUUCACCGGAUUAAAAAAAAACAUUUUAUACGACUUUUUCUGGCGCCGAUUUUGAGUGUUUUGAACUGGGGACGCCAAUCGACGCGGCGUCGCUUCCUGAUCACAAAAAGGGCAGUUUCGCUGGGAAAUUCGGCGGAAAACGCCGGAAAAUUGCGAAAAACUAAAAUAUUUUAGGUUAGAAAUUCGUGUAAAUAUUGGACAACCCAAUAUAACCUCAAUUCUGUGAAGAAAAGUCACUUUUUGUUUCUUCCCUAAAAUUUUUCUCUGAAGAAAAGUGCCCCAAAAUGCUCUUUUCUCGCUUCCUCCGACCAAUUGUUCUUCCCCAACGAGCCCUGACCAAACCUCCGGGUAGUUUGCGCUUCAAAACUCACUACCGAAGCGGUGCAAUUAAACCAAAUCCUGAAAGUGUUCCUUUUGGCCUUGUUGGAAUCUUCUGCACAGUGAUUCCUGGACUUCUUAUUGGGGCUGCAAUUAGCAAGAAUGUGGCGAAUUUCUUGGAAGAGAAUGAGCUGUUCGUUCCGGACGAAGAGGAAGAUGAUUAGUUUGCUUUUCUUCACUCACCAUCAAAUUAGAAUUUUAUCAAAUUUCUAUAAAUACGCCGAGAUUUUAACGCCAAAAACAAUUUAUUUAUUGCUUUAGUUUGUGAAAAUUAAAUAAUGUCCGUACCAGGCAUUCGUUGCUUUUGUUUAUUGUAAUUAAAAAUUUUUAAAUAGAAAGUAGACAGGAUGCAUUAUACUCUCUUUCUCUACCAAAUUGUUAAAUACAAAAUUGCACAUGUUAGUUCAAUAAUAAAAUAAUUAUAAUUAUACGAAAAAUAUAA